CUUUAUAGUUCCGCAUCGUCUAGCCUUGUCCCUCUGCACACCAUGCUGUCCGCGGGAAGGGCACUGCGAGCCCCAGCUUGGACUCGUAACGCAAGAGCCAUGUCGUCGGCAGCAACGACGACCAAUGUCAACAUCCAACCCCUCCCUCUCGACACGCCAUCCCUCCAGGAUGAAACCGCCUUGUUCGAGGCUCGCGUUCGGGACAUGGAGGACUUCUUCUCGAGUCCAAGGUUCAAGGGAAUCAAACGUCCCUACACCGCCGCCAACAUCGUCUCCAAGCAAGGGUCUAUGCCCGUAUUGCCUCAGCCAGGUUCCGUGCUCGCAGACAAGCUCUUUGGCGUGCUCCGCCGGGCUGCCAAGGAGGGUCGGCCUGUCCAUACCAUGGGUGCUAUCGACCCAGUGCAGAUGACCCAAAUGGCGAGGUACCAGGAAGUCGUAUAUGUCUCCGGUUGGGCUGCCUCCAGUGUCCUCACCACCGGCAACAACGAAGUUGGUCCGGAUCUUGGUGAUUACCCAUACACGACUGUUCCCAACCAAGUGCACCGAAUUUUCCGUGCCCAACAGCUGCAUGACAAGAAGAACUACGAUGAACGCAUGUCGGCGACUCCGGAACAGCGAGCUAAGAUGGAGAACGUAGACUAUUUGAGGCCUAUCAUUGCAGAUGCUGAUACUGGUCAUGGUGGUCUUUCGGCAGUCAUGAAGCUGGUCAAGCUCUUCGUGGAAUCUGGUGCUUCCGGUAUCCACCUCGAAGAUCAAUUGCACGGUGGAAAGAAAUGCGGCCAUCUUGGUGGCAAAGUUCUCGUCCCAACCUCGACUCACAUCUCCCGUCUCAUUGCCGCGCGUUUCCAAACCGACUUGAUGAAGUCCACCAUGCUACUCAUCGCCAGGACUGACUCUGAAUCCGGAAAACUCAUUUCGUCAACGGUUGAUGCAGCAGACCACGAAUUCAUCUUGGGAACUACUAGGAAGGAGAGCCAGUCUUUGGCACAGGUUUUGUCGGAAGCUGAGGCUCGGGGCGCCAGUGGUGCUGAAAUUGACCUUCUUGAGAAGCAAUGGAUGGAUAGGCACAAAUUGUGCACUUUCAACCAAGCUGUCGAAAAGGCUAUUGAGGAAUCGGAUAUCAAGGACAAGAAGGGCGCCUAUGAAACCUACGUCAGUGCCGUCGAAGGCAAAUCCAAUGGCGAAGCACGCGAGGUUGCUGCUGAAAUCCUUGGAAAACCUGUCUUCUGGGAUUGGGACUUGCCACGCACUAGGGAAGGUUACUACCACUACACUGGCGGAAUCGAGGCUGCUAUCAAGCGGAGCAUUGCAUUCGCUCCCUACGCUGAUCUGCUGUGGCUCGAGACCAAAUCACCCAACGUUGAACAAGCCGCUGGUUUCGCUCGAAAGAUCAGGGAACAGUACCCCGGAAAGUGGUUGGUGUACAACCUCAGCCCCAGCUUCAACUGGUCCCACCAUGGUUUCUCAGACACCGACUUGAAGAACUUUGUCUGGGACCUUGGCAAGGAAGGAUUUGUUCUUCAAUUGAUUUCCUUGGCAGGCCUUCACAGCAACGCCGUUACAACCGCUGAACUUGCCAAGCGAUUCAAGGACGAAGGCAUGUUGGCUUAUGUCGAACUCAUUCAAAAGAAGGAGAAGGCCAUUGGAUGCGAUGUCCUUACCCACCAGAGAUGGAGCGGCGCAAACUACAUUGACAGAAUUCUCCAGACCGUGUCAGCAGGCUCGUCGAGCACAUCCGCUGUCGGAAAAGAUUCGACAGAACACACGUUCUGAACCUGCAUGCGUAGAUAGUCCGCUGAUGUGACAUUUCGCUUGAUUUAUGUAUUACACACCCAAUGAAAUGUCUAGAUAUG